AUGUUGUUUGGGAAACUAUGCCAGGCGGCGCUGCUGUCUCUGGCAGCAGUACGGUCUGACGCUCUAGCCAUUGGUGGCAAGCCGGAAAUGGUUGUGCAUCCGUACAAACGGGAAGCACUCCAGGAUAUUGUCACUUGGGAUGAACAUUCUAUCUUCGUUCGUGGCGAGCGUGUCCUGUUUUAUUCAGGCGAGUUCCAUCCAUUUCGACUGCCAGUCCCUGCACUCUGGCUCGACGUCUUUCAGAAGAUCAAGGCACUAGGCUACAAUGGUGUAUCAUUCUACACCGAUUGGGCACUGCUGGAAGGUAAACAGGGAGAGUUCAAUGCUUCAGGUGUCUUCGCCUUCGAGCCUUUUUUCGAGGCGGCAGCUACUGCAGGCAUCUACCUGCUCGCUCGACCCGGACCAUAUAUCAAUGCCGAAGUCUCUGGAGGAGGCUUUCCAGGAUGGCUUCAGCGUAACCCAGCCUUGAUGCGGACACGGGAUCCCAGAUAUCUCAACGCCACAGACCUUUAUGUGUCGAGCAUUGGAGGUAUCAUCGCAAAGGCCCAAAUCACUAACGGUGGCCCCGUCAUCUUCGUCCAGCCCGAGAACGAAUACACUGGAGCCAACUCUAGAGUUCCCGAGUUCCCAGAUGCCGUCUACUUUGCCCGCGUUGAGCAGCAGUUGCGGGAUGCAGGAAUUGUGGUGCCUUUCAUCUCCAACGACGCCUCGCCGAAGGGCUACUUUGCUCCAGGUCCUCCGCGCAAAGAGGCAGCUGUCGACAUCUACGGCUACGAUGGGUAUCCCCUCGGUUUCGAUUGUGCCAAUCCUAACGUCUGGCCUGACAAUGCCCUGCCGACAUACUACCUGGCAGAUCACCUAAAUCAGAGCUCCAGCACGCCGAAUUCCAUCAUCGAAUUUCAGGGAGGAUCAUUUGACCCAUGGGGUGGACCCGGCUUCGCUAAUUGUCUUGAGCUGCUGAAUCCACAGUUUGAGAGAGUGUUCUACAAGAAUGACUUUUCGGCUGGCGUAACGAUCUUCAACAUCUACAUGACCUACGGCGGCACGAACUGGGGUAACCUUGGGCAUCCUGGUGGUUAUACUAGCUACGACUAUGCUGCCGUCAUUGACGAGGAGCGUGGUGUAGCACGAGAGAAGUACAGUGAAGCUAAACUUGAGGCAAACUUCCUCAGAGCUUCUCCAGCAUACCUGACAGCUGUGGCGCAAAACAACAGCCAUGCGAAUGGCAGCUACACUGGCAACAGUGCACUUGCAGUCUCUGCUCUCCUAGGCAAUGUCACCGACUUCUUCGUAAUCAGACACGCUGCAUAUAACUCGAACGACACCACAGAGUACUCCAUCACACUACCCACCAGCAAGGGCAACGUCACUAUCCCCCAGCUCGGUGGCAGCCUCUCGCUCCACGGGCGCGACUCCAAGUUCCAUGUCACCGAUUAUGAUGUUGGUGGGAUAAAUCUUCUCUACUCGUCUGCGGAGAUCUUCACAUGGAAAAAGUACGGCGACAAGCGUGUCCUUAUCGUCUAUGGAGGACCUGGUGAGACCCACGAGCUUGCCAUAUCUGGUGGUGGCCAUGCAUGGACAACUCAAGGCUCAGGUGUGAACAUUGCCAACCGCAAUGGCGCGACCGUUCUUGGCUACGAAGCUGAUGCCACGACAAAAGUCGUCCAACUUGAAUGCGACCUGACUAUUUACCUGCUUGACCGCAACUCUGCAUACGACUAUUGGGUUGUAAGCUUGCCCAACGAUUCAGUCUCUGGUAAUCACACCAAUGCCACGUAUGAGGUUUCUGCUCCGAUCGUCAAGACUGGCUACCUCCUGCGCACUGCAGAGGUGAAGAACAAUUGUGUCUAUCUGACUGGCGACCUCAACGCAACUUCCGAUAUCCAAGUUAUCGGCGCGCCAGCCCACACUAGCGAGCUCACCUGGAACGGGCAAAGCCUUUCAUUCAAGCAAGGCUGGGAUGGUGUUGUGACUGCUACAGCAACCUACAAGCAGCCCUCAAUCACCGUACCUAAUCUUAGCACGGUCGGCUGGAAGGUCAUUGACAGCUUGCCAGAGGUCCAACCCGGCUAUGAUGACAGUCUGUGGACUACUGCCGACCUGACGUACUCCAACAACACUAUUCGUAACCUGACCACGCCACGAAGUCUAUACGCUAGCGACUAUGGUUAUAAUACCGGUGUUCUGCUGUACCGUGCUCAUUUCUGUGCCAAUGGCAACGAGAAGACCUUCUACGUACAGACCCAGGGCGGCUCAGCAUUUGGGCACAGCCUGUGGCUUGGUGACAGCUUCCUUGGAUCCUUCGAUGGAGCGGAUGUCUACACGUAUUGGAACACCACGGUAGAUCUGCCCGCUCUCACCUCCGGUAAGGACUAUGUGAUCACGGCUGUCAUAGACAACAACGGCUUAGAUGAGGACUGGACUGUCGGCAGCGAGGGCUCCAAGAACCCUCGUGGUGUGCUCAACUACACUUUGUCGGGUCAUGCCCAGAGUGAUGUGACCUGGAAGCUGACAGGCAACCUGCACGGAGAGGACUUCGAGGAUGUCACGAGAGGUCCCCUCAACGAGGGCGGCCUGUAUGCUGAGCGGCAAGGCUGGCAUCUUCCCGGGGCGCCUACAUCGAGCUGGGCCAGCUCGGCCUUGGGUCCAAUGGAGGGACUGUCAAAGGCAGGUGUCAACUUCUACUCGACUACGUUCGAUCUUGAUAUGCCCACCGGCUACGAUAUUCCCUUGUCGUUCAGCUUCACGAAUGCUACAACGACAGCUAAUGGCACUGUCCCAAGCUACAGAGUCAUACUGUUUGUCAACGGGUAUCAGUUUGGCAAAUAUGUCCACAACGUCGGACCUCAGGAUGUUUUCCCUGUCCCGGAGGGCAUCUGGGACUAUCACGGCAGCAAUUAUGUCGGCAUUGUGCUGUGGUCUCUUGAAGCCGAAGGCGCCAAGGUCGGAAACCUCAGCCUCGUCGCUGGCACCCCGAUCCAGAGCGGUUAUGGUCCAAUUGAGCUCAGUCCAUUGACUGGCUGGACGAAGCGUGAAGGUGCAUACUAA